AUGAAGCGUGCGUUGCUGCUCAACGCCAUCAACCCCCGUAUCGGUGGCGUGCUGGUUCGGGGCAAGAAGGGCACCGCGAAGAGCACGGCCGUCCGUUCGCUGGCCGCGCUGCUGCCCCAGGUCCCAGUUGUUCCGGGAUGCCCCUACAGUUGCCAGCCCGGUGCUCCCCAGGAUGUGUGCCAGUGGUGCCAGCAGGCCGGAAUGCCGGGCGGUCCGUCCGCUCGCCAGGUCCGUAUCGUCGACCUGCCGGUUGGAGCCACCGAAGACCGUCUCGUCGGUUCGCUGGACAUCGAGCAGGCCAUCAAGUCCGGCGAAAAGAAUUUUGAGCCUGGGCUGAUCGCCUCUGCCCACCGCGGCAUCCUGUACAUCGACGAGGUCAACCUCCUUAACGACCACCUCGUCGACGUGCUGCUCGACGCCGCCGCCAUGGGCCGCAACUACGUGGAGCGCGAGGGCAUAUCGGUCAGCCACGACGCGGAGUUCAUGCUGGUUGGCACCAUGAACCCGGAGGAGGGCGACCUCCGCCCUCAGCUCCUGGACCGCUUUGGGCUGGCCGUUGAGGCCGAGCGGGAGCGGUUGCUCAGCAGCCAGCAGCGCCUGGCCGAAGUGGUCGUCCCCGACUCGAUCCUCGAGCUCAUCACCGACAUCUGUGCCGAGUACCAGGUAGACGGUCUGCGCGGCGACAUCGUGAUGUACAAGACCGCCAGUACCAUCGCGGCCUACGAGGGUCGCACCGUCGUCGACGUUGAAGACGUGCGUGAAGCCGCGCUGAUGGCCCUCCUCCACCGCCAACGUCGCCAGCCAUUCCAGCAGCCCCAUCUCGUCACCGAGCAGCUGGACAAUAUGCUCGACGACUUCCAGAACCAGCAGCGCGACCGGGAGCCGUCAAACGACCAGGACUCUGGUAAUGACGACCCCGGCGAUUCCGAUAGCGAUAGAGAACCCGACCCUUCCGAAGAUCAGGCUGAAGAACCAACCGACGCCGCCCUCGGCGACGAAUGGUUCGAGGUAGGCGACCCCUACGCUGUCCAGAACCUCCAGGUCCAGCCUCCCGACCGGCGUGCUCGGCACUCUUCCGGUCGCCGCGCUACCACCGUGAGCGGCACCUCGGUCGGGCGUUACGUCGGCGCCCGCCUCCCCGAAGGCCCCGCGUCCGACCUGGCGCUGGACGCCACCCUUCGCGCCGCCGCUCCGCACCAGCAGUCCCGCCGCCAGGCCGCGGACGGGGACGCCUCAGCCCUCCUCAUAGAACCUUGGGAUGUCCGUGAAAAAGUCCGCGAGACCCACACCGGCUCGCUGAUCCUGUUCGUCGUUGAUGCCAGCGGUUCCAUGGGCGCACAGCGUCGCAUGGUUGCCGUCAAGGGCGCGGUCAUGUCGCUGCUGCUCGACGCCUACCAGCGUCGCGAUCGUGUGGGAUUGAUCGCUUUCCGGGGAACCGGCGCCGAGGUGCUGCUUCCACCCACCGGCAGCGUCGAAAUGGCCCAGUGGUGUCUCCAGGAGAUGCCCACCGGCGGGCGCACUCCCCUGGCCCGCGCCCUUUAUCUUGCCAUGGAAACUCUCGAAACCGAACGCCUGAAGGAUCGGGACGUGCUGCCACUCCUGGUGCUGAUGUCCGACGGCCGCGCCAACGUCACCCUCGCCGGCGACCAGUCCUCCAACGUCCUCAACCUUCCUGACGAAGUGCGUCACCUUAGCGAAACGGUCGCCUCCGCCAAAAUCCCCGCCGUCGUCGUGGACACCGAGCAGGAUUUCAUCAAGCUCGAGCUCGCCAGGAACAUCGCCGACGCCAUGUCCGCGCGCUACAUCAAGCUCGACGACCUGGCCGCGCAGAGUCUCGCCGACGCCGUCCGCAGCGAACUGCCCGGCGAUCGACCGGUGGAAGAUAUCGCCCAGGCUUAA